UAUACCAAGUACCGGACUAUACCAAGUCACCUUCAUUAGGAAGAGCGUCAACAAACUAUUAGAAUAACAAGCUGAGCACAUAUUCCCUGUUCUUUGCCAUGACAGAAAUAUUCUCAUCACUCUACAGCCAGAGUGAAACUCAGGGACCUUCGGGACCUUCCGGGAUGGGGUAUGGACCAGGGAAACCCCUUCCACCUCCGGUACCCCAAAAUACGAUCCACAUGUCGGUGUCGAUUCCACACCACUUUGUGGACGACGGGCCUCAACUCAGAAAACCAACUGCCAUGAAUGAACCGUUUUACCUGCUGCGGGAGCUGCCAAUGGAGAACGAGCUGACUGGAAACACUAAUCUCAUCACACAUUACAAUCUGGAACACGCAUUCAAUAAGUUCUGUGGCAAGAAAGUAAAGGAGAAACUCAGCAACUUUCUCCCAGAGCUUCCUGGUAUGAUAGACAAUCCAGGUGUGCAGGAUGGAAGUUCUUUGCGCUCCCUCAUUGAGAAACCACCAGUGUGCAACAACUCUUUCAGUCCUCUUACUGGAACCUUGCUCACUGGGUUCAGACUACACACAGGCCCUCUUCCAGAGCAGUACAGACUGAUGCACAUUCAGCCUCCAAAGAAAAAGAGCAAACAUAAACACAGACACCAUCGACCUCAGGAUCCCUUACCACCAGAAACACCCUCAGACUCCGACCACAAGAAGAAGAAGAAGAAGAAGGAUGAUGAUCCUGAUAGAAAGAAAAAGAAGAAGGAUAAGAAAAAAAAGAAGAGCCGCCAUAGCCCUGAUCAUCCAGGAAUGACUGGCUCGCAGCCCAGCAGUAGCAGCCUCAGAUAGGAGCAGAUCAUCCAGGAGAGAGGAUUCUUUGUAAAUAGAAUUGGAUUAACAGUGGUUGUGUGUGUGUGUGUGUGUGUGUGUGUGUGUGUGUGUGUGUGUGUGUGUGUGUGUGUGUGUGUGUGUGUGUGUGUGUGCGCGAGAGAGAGAAAAGCAAGCAAGAAAAAAUGAGCAGUAUUGUCAUGUGUUUUUUGCUUGCUUGUGUGUGCAUGUGUUUGUGACUGAGACAACUAAGGACAAUUGGCAGCAAUAUAUGUAUGUGUAUUUGUGUGUUACAUCUGUUUAUAACCAUUCAAGUGCCUCUGCAUUUUUAUUUAUGGUAUACUAAAUCAGUGAGAAAUACACUUUAUUAUCUUUUUGUAGUUAUAAAAAUACUUCAUAAA